AUGGCAACAGCGACAGCAGCAGCUUUGGCAGUAGCGAAAGCAGGAACCACACAAUGCAAGGUCGUUCUAGCGGCUACUGUCGCUAAGACUCUGUUCGAUGAGGUCCAAACCACCCUCAAGACUCUGCAACGCAAACCCAAGCUCGUUGGAUUCCUAGCUAAUGACGACCCGGCUUCUCGAACUUAUGCGGAGUGGACUGAGAAAACUUGUCAACAGUAUGGACUCGAAUUCGAAUUACGGGAAGUUGACAAGGACGAACUCGAACAAGCUGUUAUUGCUGCCAAUGAAGAGGAUGCUGUCGACGGUGGCAUAAUCUACUUUCCAGUAUUUGGAACUAAGCAGGUAAAUGGUUUACUAGCCUUGAAGCCAAAAGCCGCACAAUUCAACACUGUCGACCAAUACCUUCAGCAAAUCCUCGAUGUGUCGAAGGACGUCGAAGGGCUUUCUCACAAAUACAUCUUCAACAUGUACCAGAAUAUCCGCUUUUUAGACGAGGCCAAAACCCAAAAGUCAAUCCUGCCGUGUACUCCUCUGGCCGUCAUCAAGAUUCUCGAAUACAUUGGGGCUUAUAAUAAGAUUAUCCCCUACGGAAAUCGUCUAUUCGGGCGUACAAUUGCCGUUAUCAACCGAAGUGAAGUGGUUGGAAGGCCUCUGGCAGCAUUACUAGCAAAUGAUGGUGCGAGUGUCUAUUCUGUAGACAUUAACAAUAUCCAGCAUUUCACCAGAGGGGAGGGUGUAAAAAUGCAUCGACAUCAUGCGGUAGAUACGGAUUUGAAGGUUGAGGAUGUCAUACCCAAAUGCGACGUUGUUAUUACCGGCGUACCGUCGAAGGGCUAUAAAUUCCCAGUUGAGUUGCUAAAGGAUGGCGCCAUCUGCAUCAAUUUCUCUUCAGAAGAGAACUUCGGACCUGAGAUAAUGAAUAAGGCAUCUAUAUACGUGCCCGCUAUUGGCAGAGUUACAAUCGCCAUACUACUCCGAAACCUUGUGCGCCUAUGUCAAUACCGACAAAUUAAUUCGGCAUGA